AUGCUAAGGAGAAGGCUUUCUGUUCUCUCGACUUCAAUCAUCCGAAGUUCGGUUUACAACAAAUCCGCUCUCGGAUUUCCAUCUGUCCAAUUUAAUCCCUUGCAGCUCUCACCUCACUCUGCCAAUGUUGGUGCUACAUUUAAUCCCAAUGCACACCCAAAUUUUCAUGGUCUUAGAGCUUAUAGUCUUCUGUGCUUGAAUGAUCUAAGAGGUAAAGUUCCCCGAAAACAAAAGACAAGGAAAGGUCGUGGUAUUGGGUCCGGAAAGGGCAAGACUGCUGGAAGGGGUCAUAAGGGCCAGCGAGCCAGAAAAGGUUCAAAAUUGGGGUUUGAAGGAGGCCAAACCCCUCUUCGUCGUAGGAUGCCUAAACGUGGCUUCAAGAACCCAUUUAGCCUCACUUUUCAGCCAAUAGGUUUGGGAAAAAUUGCAACGUUUAUCAAUGCGGGGAAGAUAGAUUCUUCUGAACUGAUCACAAUGAAAACACUCAAGGAUGCAGGGGUACUCGGGAAGCAAAUUAAAGAUGGAGUAAGAUUGAUGGGACGUGGUUCUGAAAAGAUCCAAUGGCCAAUUCAUUUAGAGGUAACAAGGGUCACUGUUAGGGCCAAGGAAGCAGUUGAAGCAGCUGGUGGGUCUGUCAGAAAGGUGUAUUACAAUAAGUUAGGCUUCCGGGCACUGUUGAAGCCAGAGUGGUUUGAGAAGAAGGGAAGAUUGUUGCCUAAAGCAGCUAGACCUCCUCCAAAGCAAAAGGAUAAAGUUGAUAGCAUUGGCCGGCUACCUGCCCCAAAGAAACCAAUUCCAUUUUUAGUUGAAGGAAGCAAGGAUCUUCCAGUAGGCCAGCUCAGUUAA